CUAGCAACCGCGUCCUGGUCUCCCAGGCGACGUGCAGCAGCAGCGGUGGCGGCCGGCGAGGGGGAAACAUCACCAUGGAGAAGCUGUCGCUGUCCCGGGACCUGGCCGAGGCCGCCGCCCUGCAGAGGAGGAAGGAAGCCGAACGCCAGAGGCAGAGCCGGGUCUUCGAUGCCUGUGUCCGGACAAUCGGGCUUGAUAAACAGGGCUUGGAUGUCCAAGUACAUGAUAAAGAAGUCCAGAAAGAAAAUGAAAAUAAAUGGAAUGAAGCAUUGGAUGCACAAAUGGUACAAAAUGACAAGAUCGUUUGCUUACUGGACGAGCGACAGAAGGAGGACAUCAGGAACCUGAACAAGUCUAUCAAUGAGUUCAGACUGAGUUUCCAGAAGGAAGAGGACCGGCGUGAGUUUGAUCUGUAUGAUCCGCAGGCCUUAAAGAAAGACCUCCCGGCGCGUCUGUCUGACGAUGACCCCCGCUGCAGCGUUUCUGGGCUCCAGAGGCUGAUGGGAGAGGACCUAACCGAAAGCGAGAGAAAGAGAGACCAACAGGAGCAGCUCAGGGAAUGGUGUCUGCAGCAGCGGAGGGAAUUGGCCAAAGCAUUAGAAGACCAGAAGUUUGCAGGCAGUCUGUAUGACAAAAUGAGAAUUGAACUGGACAAGAAAGCCAUGGAAUUGCAGAGAAUGGAGGAAAAGGCCAGACGAGAAAUUUGUACUUUCACAAAAGAAUUCAACAGAGUUCAGGCUGAAGAAGCCUUAGAAAGAAGAAAGUUAGAGAAGCAGCAGCAAGAGGAGGACAAUUCAGUGGAGAUCUCCAACCUUACUGAAGGUGACAUGCUCUCAGAGAACCCUGCACAAGCCACCAGCGCCUUUGGUCUGCACCGCGUGGUUACCGAUCGCUGGAAAGGGAUGUCCCCAGAGCAGCUGAAGGACAUCAAUAACACCCAGCAGCAGCAGUCACUGGAGAAAAUGAGACUGAAGGAGGCAGAAAGACAGAGACAGGCAGAGUGGGACCGGCAGAAGGCGCAGGAAGCCCGCACCAUGUUACUUCUCGAGAGACAACAGAAACGCCAGGAACGUGAGCUACGCAAAGCUCAGGAUCACAUCAACCAGCAGCUUGCACAGGCGAGCAAGGCCCAGAAAGUCUACCUGGACAAAGAGGUCUUUUCCAAUACCCCCACAGCCCAAUAUUUUGAACAAUUCAACACCACCAGCCGCUGAGGAUGGAACUAGUCCCUGCAUUGCAGCACAUCAGUGACAUCCGGAUUCCGCAACGAGCACUGCAGUAAAUAAUUGCAGCUGUAAGUUUUCUACUUGUCCUUGGUGAGGGACCUUGUACAAGUCUACUGAUCCUGCAAACAUCUGGUUUCCUCAUUUUCCCUUUACACAUGUAAACCAGCCGCUGAAAAUGCAUCCACCAUGUGUGUGGCUUGAUUACAUCACCCCAAUCAGGGUGUUGCUUCAGACGUUUGCUUUCAACACUCAUAAUUAAAGCAACUUUGUAUUUUUUUGCCUGUUAUGGGCUAUUAAAUAUGGAGUCAUUA